AUGUCUGACGUCGCUGAGACCAAGCCCGACCCCACCAUCAGCGCUCCUGAGGGCGCUGAGAAGCCCGAGGAGACGACCACCACCGCCACCGAAGAGACCAAGACUGAGGAGAAGCCCGAGGAGUCCAAGUCGGUGACCGAGUCCGCUGCCGAGGCCGUCAAGGACACUGCCACCAAGACCACCGACAGCGUCUUCUCCAUGUUCGGCGGUGGCCCCAAGAAGGAGAAGCAGGAGGAGCCUGAGGAUGCUAAGGACGAGCCCUCCGGCUCUUCCAAGGCUCAGAAGGGUGAAGAUGAGGACGAGGCCCCCGAGUCCCCUGAGGUUCACUUCGAGCCUGUCAUCCGCCUGACCGAGAAGGUGGAGACCAAGACCAACGAGGAGCUGGAGGAGCAGACCUUCAAGAUGCGUGCCAAGCUUUUCAGAUUCGACCGUGACAGCAAGGAGUGGAAGGAGCGUGGUACCGGUGACGUCCGCCUGCUCAAGCACAAGGAGAACCAGAAGACCCGCCUCGUGAUGCGCCGCGACAAGACCCUCAAGGUCUGCGCUAACCACUACAUUGUUCCCGAUAUGAAGUUGAGCCCCAACGUUGGCAGUGACCGCAGUUGGGUCUGGAACGCUACCGCUGAUGUCAGUGAGGGUGAGCCCGAGGCGCAGACCCUGGCCAUCCGUUUUGCCAACAGUGAGAACGCCAACCUCUUCAAGGACGCUUUCGAGAAGGCCCAGCAAGAGAACGAGAAGCUGCUUAGCCAGCAGAACAAAGACUCCGGCGUUGAAGGAUUCCCCCUCCGAUCAUGGUCAAUUGAGAUCUACGUUGUCAAUGAGCACGGCGAGCAGGUGCCUGCCAAUGUCUUUGACAAAGUGACAUACACGCUGCACCCUAGUUUCGGCGACAGGGCCAUUCAGACUUUCAAGAACCCCCCUUUCAGAAUCUCAGAGGAAGGAUGGGGUGAGUUCGACAUGCAGAUAGGCCUCACUGCCGCCGACAAGGAGCAUUUCGUUACGCACGAUCUGAACUUUGCUCAGCCUCGUUACGAAUCCAAGCACGUUAUUACGUUCAAGAACCCCAAGCCUGCCCUACUAGCCCUCCUCCGCGAAUCCGGACCCGUCCCAGGAGACGAGAAUGGCGUGAAGUCGAAACGCGCCGCAACCGGAGAGGAGGGAUCCAAGAAGAAGAAGCGGACAGAGAAGAGUGUCGACAUGGACAAGCUGGCCGACGGUCUGCAGCGACUCGGCGAAGACGACCUCCUUCAGGUAGUACAGAUGGUGCACGACAACAAAGCCCCAGACUCGUAUACCAAGAACGAUGUUGAGCAGGGAGAAUUCCACGUCGACCUAUAUACUCUUCCAGACACCCUAAUCAAGAUGCUGUGGGAUUUCACGCAGGAGAAAGGCGCUUUGUGA